AUGCCGCCAACGGUAGCUCAUCAUGCUGGUGCGCGGUACACUACCAACCGACGCGACCCCAAGCUCGCUGUCAAUGCCAAGGAAUUAGAAUGUCUUCCCUCAAUGGACAGCCGAGCAUAUUACGACAUUCCUUCUUCGCCGUCCACCUCUUCCGAUGACUCCGACUCUCCGCCUCCACCUCCAUCCAACUUGCUCACCAACUCGGGUAACAAACUUAUCCCCGGCGCCCGUUUCAUGCGCAAAGGCAAGCUCUACGCCUGGAGUCAGGACUCUGAAGAUACCACCAAAGAACUGCGAGCCAGGAAGAGACUUCAGAAUGUCCUCGAACAAAUCAUGCCCGAAGCCGCGACUGAGGUAGGAGCGCCAAUUCCCCAAAAUAUUCUCGAUCGUAAAUCUAAGCGGGACAGUAAAAAGCGCAAACGAGCCGAAGAAAAGAGCUUCCUGUUGCCUCAUCUCGUGAAAUCCCCCUCACCACCCGCGUCCACCACCAAACUGGCUCCUCUGCUUGCCGCUCCCAAUUCGUAUCUGGAGCUCAUGAUGAACGACGCUCUGAAACACUCUCUUGGCGAUGAUACAACCGAAAGAGGCUUGCAGCGGACGACCUGCGAGUUGUUAGAGGGUGAAAGGGGUUUGGCAAAUUCUCUCGGUAGGCUGCAGGAGAUCCUCAGAAUCCGGGCCAGGGAGGUGAAUCCGGGUUCUGAAGCAGGCGAAGAGAACGUCGUGCAGCCGAACGGACACCACCCAGCAGACGACGCCAUUAUGGAGUCUGCUGACCCAGCUGCCGCAGAGUCGAAUACGUUGGUACCUCCCCUGCCCCACAUUUCUGAAACGGAUAAUCUCUGGCGGGUGACCCAAGAACUCCUUCAGACCCAACCCCAGCCUGAGAUACAAUUUACUGUCACCCCUCCGGGCGCCGCGGGACCAUCGACCACUCCGGGACCGACUCCCGAUGUCACUGUCACUUCGCUUCAUCGUCUGUUCACCUGCCCGUCUGGCUUGACACUCAAUUCAAAGCCUGCGUCCAAUCAUCCGGGACUGCAAUUCCCUACGGACCAUCAGAUGCGACCCAAGCACAUCAAGUAUAAUCUGAACCUCGGUACGCAAUGUCGUGCGGUGGAUGACGCACUGGAACGGAUCAUGGAGUUGUUUUCUGAUUGCAAAGAGUACGAACGGCGUUUGGAGGAGGCUCGUCAACGGGUGGCUGAUGUGGCGAGAGUGAGGAAGAGAGUGUGGGGGGUGGUCAAGCAGCGAGCGCAGAAGGAGGUUGAUCAGAUACGAGGGCAAUGAGUAGCAUUCGAAUGUGCGUAUUGCACACUGAGGAUCAAUGACAAGAUUACAUACAGUUGUACAUUAUAUAUUGUUGUACAAUAUGUAAAGUAUGUAGCCAGUAUC